AAAAUUUCCCUGGCUAGCCAGUCAGCCGCUUUUGCACCCCUUUUUGCUGAUCACCGACCAUGUCCAACAUAAAAAUGCUGAACGAGAGGGACGAGGAGGAAGUGGAAGUGUCCUGGGAAGAUCAACAAAAGAUCAAUUCCUUCAGCAGAUUGAACACCAGGACUGAUGAUCUCGAGGAACAGUAUGAAAAGCUGAAACAAGAGAAGGAGUACCUAGACGAUUUGUCGAUGGAGCUUGAGCUCGCAGACGAGGAUGAACCUGUACGAUACAAAAUUGGAGACGCCUUUGUACAUAUGCCGCUCGACAAGGCUCUUGAACGCAUAACAAGCGACUCAGAAAAAGUGCAGGCUGAUAUCGAUGAUCUCAAAAGCCAGAUGGACGAUGUGCACGGUCAAAUGGAAGAAUUGAAGAAGGCCUUGUACAGCAAGUUUGGCAAGUCCAUUAAUUUAGAGAAAGACUAGCUUGCCAGAUACAGUACACCUUCAAAUUCACCAAAAUACAAGUUUUACUUUUUUUAUUCAGUAUUUAUUAUUCACGUCUGGUAAU